UUCACAUUCGUCAGUAAGGUUGGUUACUCCAAACAGUGCGGAUGUGUGUUUAUUAAUAGAGAAAAAAAAGCAAGUAAACGGGAUAAACUAUCGUGAUGAUCAUAUUUGCAUGAAACAUUGCGAAUUUUCGCCGUAAAUAGUUACUGAAAAAUGGCAAGUGAUAUUUGGUGUUAUUCUUCAUCUGCAACAAGGUGCUUAUACAGUGAUUCGGUGCAGUGGAAAUCGGUGCUUGUUUGGGUAUUACUGGUGAUAACGACUCUUCCCGCUGUCCUGUCCCAGAAUCAAGGUCCCUCAACCGAUUUUAGCAGGCAUCAGAUAAUUAGGCCAAAAAUCUAUCAUGCCAGGCAUAAAAGGGAAAUUUCGUCAACCAAAGAAAAUGACAUUGAGCACGUCGACGUGCUGUCAGUUCAUUACGAGUUAGACGGCGUAGAAAGGAUCCUGGAUCUUCGAUUGAAUAAAGAUCUCAUUCCCUAUGGUUAUCAACAGAGACACCAACACAAAGGCACUUAUAAAGUACACACUCCAACCAAAGUUGAAUUGUGUCAGUAUCAUGGAAGCAUAAGAGACGUACCUGGAUCUUGGGCUGCAAUUUCCACCUGCAAUGGCCUGCAAGGCGUCAUCUACGAUGGCAUCGAUCUUCAUCACAUUCAUCCCGAAAUUGAGACACUUAAUUCCAAACACUAUAUUUAUAAACAUAAAGAUCUCAUUGGCAAUCGUACAUGCGGCUACGAAGGAACGCCGCAUGAUUUUCUUGCUAGUGACUUGAAAAAAUCCCAUCGAGCCUCCAGGCACAAAAGAGCGACGGAAACAAUAAGAGGUCCUUACAAUGCAAACCGACAAUCGAGAUACGUGGAAUUGGUUCUUGUGAUUGACAAAAAGGAAUACAUGGCAUUUGAUGAGAAUCUCGAUAAAGUUUAUCAACGCUGCAAGGAUAUUGCAAACAUUAUCAAUGCGUUUUAUAUGCCCCUUAAUGUAUUUAUUGCACUGGUGGGCGUCGAAGUGUGGUCAGAUUCAGAUGAAAUACCGCUCUCUGUUAAUGGAGACUCGACUUUAUCAAGCUUCCUGCGUUACCGCAGAGAAACACUAGUCAAGGCAAUUCCAAAUGAUAAUGCCCAAUUAUUAACGAGGAUACAAUUUGACGGUGGCGUCGUGGGAAAAGCCCUGAAGGGACCAAUAUGCACCUACGAAUUUUCUGGAGGUGUCUCCAGUGAUCAUUCGAAUCAAGUCGGCGUUGUUGCAGCCACAGUGGCCCACGAAAUUGGUCACAAUUUUGGCAUGGAACACGAUGCGCCAUCGCCCGAAUGUGAAUGUCCCGAAGAACGAUGUAUCAUGGCACCAUCGAGCGGAUCCGCUGGUCCAGUUCAUUGGUCAUCGUGCUCAUUGGAUUAUUUGGCACUUGCCUUUGAGCACGGAAUGGAUUACUGUCUACGAAAUAAACCACAAAAGCUCUUUGACAGUCCAGUUUGUGGGAAUAGUUUUGUCGAGCCCGGUGAACAAUGUGACUGUGGCUUGAAGGAAAAUUGCAAUAAUCCUUGUUGCGAUGCUUCCACAUGUAUGCUUCAUGCAAACGCAAGUUGUGCAACUGGUCAGUGCUGUGAUCUCAAGACCUGUCGACCGAAAACAGCAGGCACCGAAUGCCGCUCGGCAGAGCAUGAAUGCGAUUUACCCGAAUAUUGUACUGGUCAAAGUGAAUAUUGUCCAAACGAUGUUUAUAAAAUUGACGGCGAACCGUGCAACAUGGGCAAGGCUUAUUGUUAUCAAGGAUCUUGUCGCACUCACAAUGAUCAAUGUAAAUUACUCUGGGGACCCACUGGCGUUUCAUCAGAUCCACAAUGCUACUCGAUGAAUAACAAGGGCAAUAAAAAUGGAAAUUGUGGAUUUAAUCGGAUCGAUUCGUCCUACUAUAAAUGCAACAAUAAGAGUAUCCUCUGUGGUAUGCUUCAUUGUAAGCAUUUGAAUGAAAGACUCGAAUUUGGAAUGGAAUCGGUCGCAACUCUCAGUCACUCGUUUAUCAAUAGCCAGGGGAAUAUUAUUGCCUGCCGUUCUGCAAUUGUUGAUUUAGGUCUUAAUGAAGUUGAUCCUGGACUUGCGCCCGAUGGGGCAAAAUGUGGACCCGGAAAGAUGUGCGUGAAUCAAAAAUGCAUGCCAGUGGCCGAUCUACGAGCGAAAAUAACCGAGGGACACGCAUGUCCGAAUAAUUGCGGUGGAAAUGGAGUUUGCAACAGUCUCGGACACUGUCACUGUAAUCGAGGUUUUCAAUAUCCUGAUUGCACACAACCGGGAUUUGGCGGUUCCGAAGACAGUGGCCCCGCUGAGGAUCCAAAUGCGAGAAACGACUUUAUCACUGCUACCUACAUUAUUUUCCUGGGUGUAUUACCGACAAUCGGUUUAGUCUUAUUUGGCCUCUGGUACAGGAGGAACAAUCCAAAUAAACAAUGGAAUAAAGGAGCGCUCUCUAAGAUCACUCGUGGAACAUUGCCAAUCAAAUCGAGCGACCGUUCAAAUCCCUUGCCGCGAACAAUUGAGACGAUUGACUCGAGCCUCAGUCAAGACCCGGCGUGCGCAAGUUUACUCCCAAAAUCCGAUUCCGACGAGCGUUACAACAACAACUUCUUUGGACACUUCAAAGGCUUCAGUAUCACUCCCAUUCAAAAUCAAUCGCAUUCCGAGCCAACAAAGCCAGCCCCACUUCCACCCACUGUUCCAACAGUGGCAAUCAAAACCAACAUCAAACCACUGCAAAGGAUCAACAGUUUUCGCUCAGCACUUUCAAGUCCACCCGUCAAUGUUCCCACAAUUGCACCAGCACUCCCGCCACUCAAUCCCGGAAGCACUGCCAGGCCUUUAAUCAGCAGCCCGGUUCUAGCCGCCACCACCUGCACCUCACUCGAAUUAAUCGGCUCAAAAAACUCAAACCCCGAUAAUCCCGUCCGUCCAGCUCCCGAUAUUCCAUCGUCACGUGCCGUGCCCGACGUCCCAACACGUCCAGCACCCGAUCCACCGCGGGAAAAAUCAACCAGACCCCUCUCGAGCACAACACAAUCAUCAGACUCAUCGGACUGUCCGAAAAAGGAGAAAUCAGAAAAAGGCAAAACUCUAAAUCGACUCGCAUCAAUGCUGCGUCCAAACUCCGGCAUCAUAAAAUCAACUUCACAACCUCUCGCCAGCAAUACAAAUUCCCUCCCCCGCUCCCAACAUCACAAGGCCAAUAAAGUCAUCGACAAGGAAAUUCUCCGCAACCUAGAAAUUUCCCACCCAAUCCCCCAAACGGAAAUCGAAAUCCCAACCUCUACCAUUCUCAUCAACAAGAACGAAUCGCCAGAGAAAAAAAUAUCCCGAGCUCACUCAAUGCGCGACAAAGUCUCCCAAAGACCAGCAAUUCACACCUUCGGCUCCAUGCGACAGAGCAAUUCCCUGAAACGACCCACCAGCAUUCCGGCCAGUACCCGACCAACUUCUCCUCCCCCAGGACCGCCAACUGCAAAACUCGAGACUGGAAUGAAAAUUCCCGGACUACCCGGCUAUCAAACCCCCUCGAUCAAGCCGAACAUUCCCGACAACACCUACGACGACUGUAUGAAUCUAAUACCCGACCCCUCGCUCACAAAAAUAGCCGAGGAGUCACAAUCCACCGACAAUAUUUACGCCGUAAUUGAGGAACCACUGCCGGAAAAAAAAGAAGUUCAGAAAAAACAAGAAGACACCGAGUACAAAGCACCAAAACCCAUCGGCCCAACCACCGACGGUCCCAUUGACUCAAUGGGAUUAUUAUCCGAAAUCGUCUCUGAAAUAUCAAACAGAAACUUCGAUUCCAUCUACUCUACGUCGACCAUAGCCAGGAAGAAGAAGAAAAAACAACUCGAAGACGACACCUAUGUGAAUUCAACAAGCGAAAAAACUCCCGAAAGCAUUUAUUCCAAUUCCGAAUCGGGGGCGUUCAAUUCCGCCAGUUCGACGACAAGUUCCGGUUAUCUUCACCCCUCGGCUAUUAACAUACCCCUUCACUUGAAGAACUCAAAAGUCACCGAAAAAACGAAACAAUCACCCGAGAAAACAAAACAAUCACCCGAGAAAACGAAACAAUCACCGGAAAAAACGAAACCUGGCGAAAAUUUCCAUCGACCAUUCGAGAAGAGUCAGGAAAAAAUCGAAAAACACCCAAAAUCGAAAAACGAUGAAAAAUCCCCUACAGAUUCAAAAACAAAAACUAGUCAUCAAGAAAAAUUAAAACCUGUAUUAAAAACUCAAAAUUCCGACUCGAAUCUAAAAGAAAAGAAAAAUUUCGAUAAAUGUGUGCCUUCAAAGGAAAGAUUUCAAAGUCCUGAUGUUGUGACAAGUUGCUCGAAUUCCCAAAAUAGUACAAAAUCACCAGACGUGUUGAUAAAUAAUAAAAUUACAACGAAAGUACAACAAAAAAUGGGAAAUGGAAAAAAAACACCAAUAAUGCCACCAAAACCAACGGGUUUGUUAUCAAAAGCUGCGAGUUUUGCUGAGAAGCAAAAAUUAUCAACUGCCAAUUUUAAUAAUAAUAGUAGUAGUAGUAGUGGUAGUAGUAAUUUGACAAAAAUUGCGGGAAUUAAUGUCGGGAAAAAUGAGACAAAAUCUAUGGAAAUGAUGGGAAUUAAGACCAGUUUAGCUAGUAAGUUAGGAAACAGUAAAUCUAAUGUUGCAUCGUUACAGCAAAAAUUUGAGCAACCUGUUAAAAAUUCUUCGUCGUCAUUAUUAUUAACUAAAUCGCUGCCAGUUGGUGUUAAAAAGACACAAGAGACGCAAGCAACUAUCGAUAAGAAAUGAAAUUAUUAUUGAUAAAUUGUUUACGUUUCAUUCAGAUUCUAGUCUUUUUUUUUGUUUUGUUUUAUGUAAAUAAGAAAAUUUGUAAAUCGACUGAAAGUGAAGUUUUUGAGUUUUUGGAAAUGGAAAUUUAAAUUUAAAUGAAAUUCGUUUCAUUUGCUUUAAAAUUAAAUAAAAAUAAAAAAAAAAUUAAGAGUGAAAAU